GCCACCACCGACUGGAUGUGGUCAUGGCUUAUACCCAUAGGCCUAGCGGCUUGGAUGGCUUCCAAUGUCGUUCGAGGCCGCCAGAGGCGUCCAAAAACACAGCGGAUACACCUCGAAGAUCUCAAUGACGAUGUCUUGAGAGCUAUCUUCUCCAAGCUUCAUCCCAUCGACCGCAUCAUCGCUUCAAGCGUAUCACGUCGCAUUCGAACAACCCUAGUCCCAGACAUAUUUUGGAGUGUUCAAUGGCAACCUCCGAACCAAUCUCUCCCAUCCAAGAACUUGUUGCCCUAUGUGCGAACCUUCAAACUUUCCGGAAACCUCCACGAUAAGAGACAAUACACUACUUUGGUCAACCACACAACGCAUGAGGCCAUUGUGGCACAGCUCAACAAUGCGCUUCCCCAACUCACUUUGCUGAGCACGUUUAUCCUUGGCUCAUUCAUGCUUGGUGGCCUUUCCUCAGAGAUUAUGAAAAUCCUGACCCGUCUACCGACCUUACAGCGCCUUACUCUCGAUGCCAGCUGGCUAAAUGACAGUCCAUUCAUCCUCAAUCCUGGCGACUGUGCGACAACUCUCAAAUUCAUUCAAUAUACGACCACGUAUCUCACUCGAUCGAGUGAUCAUGGGGUUAUACGGCGAUCACCAAGAAAGCUGCAGAUUGAGGCUAGCAACAUGCGUCAUCUUCUCGCUGGAUGUCAUAGUACUUUGGAGGGAAUCGUACUUCCCGGAGAAUUGCUCAUUCGUGCAGUCGAUAUCUCCUUACAAUGGACUGCGUUGCGAGAACUCGUCGUGAUCGGACUUUGGCCAGAGGACGUCGACACUACUUUCCAAGACGGUCGUUCGCAAAUGCUUCAGGUUCUCGAAGCUCUUCCUAAUCUCUAUCUGAUACGCCUUGGCAUCUUAGCCCAAAUAAAUGACCCUCAAGACCGCACGAAUAUAAUCGGCUUAACGCAUGCCCCUCCUCAUCAUCCAGCAUCAUUCCUCAGGAAUCUCCGCAUCUUCAAACUUUCGUCGCCUACCGAAGAUGAACAAAUUUUGGCAUUUCUCCCUUCUUCGUUAGAGUGUCUCGCUUUCCCGCGUUACCCGAUAGAGCGCAUGCUCGACACUAGGACUGUAUUCCCCCCAUGCUCUCGCCUUGUCGACAUUCUGAAUCGUGGCCACUUUCCAUCACUCGAAACUCUCGACCUCAUUUAUGUCGUGUCUUCGAUGGCUGAUGUGGAGGCAGAGGGUGCCUUCGUGUCUUCACUUCCCUCCAAGCAUCCUAAUCUAUACUUCCUGUCUAUUCAGCGCCUUUGGAACCAUCACUUGCCAGAACUGGAGGAUCACUGGGAACCAGUCCCUAAAUUCAGAACGUUAUUAUCUCGUCUGAAGCGACUGCGUCAGUUUAAAUUCAAUGCAAGCGUCCCUGAACGCUUCGGACGUUUCCCUUUCAGUGGCCUUCUCGAAGACUACCAUGAACAUAUUGACCGCCUCGAAGUUUUAGCCUGCGCCAUUACCUCCGAGUGUCCGUGGCUCGAAGACAUUGCUAUGUACCGCGAGCUGGGUAGUAAUGUCCUGCUGUACUGGUCAUAUUGGGACAUGGUCGUAGACGAUGAUGGGACGCCGCGUUUGCAACGGCGACAGCAUCCCAUUCCGAGGUCAAGUGCUCCUAGAAAGCAUUAUCAAGUUGUUUAA